UAUAACGUGGUGCUGCCCAGCUAUUGCUAUUAACCAUCUAAUUUGUAGCUAACAGAUGAAUCGGGUUUUUUAUGUGGUUUUGUGCACACUUUGCCUGCACACACCUGUCGGGUCACGCGUGGACGGGUCAGCCCCAGGGGAGCCGUCCCUCGUGCAUGAUUGGAAGAGGAAGUGCCACGUGCGCCCGCCCCGUUCCGCCCGCCCACGCCGGAGUAUCCCCGAUUGAACCAUUUUAACCGUGCAACAACAGUGAUUUCUCUUCUAAACAGACUUGCAAAAGGAAACAGGAAAUGACGGGACAGGAAGUGAUGGCGCUCAGAGGCUUCGACAUCGACGCCCCCCGCUGGGACCAGUCCACCUUCAUGGGGCGGCUCAGGCACUUCUUCAACAUCACCGACUGUCGCACCGCCCUGCUCUCUGACGGCACGCUGGACGAGGCCAAGGCCUUGGUCCUCAGCUGCAGAGCGGGAACGCUGCCCCCCGGCACCACCGAGGAGCAGCUCCACUACGCCAAGAAGCUGUACGACUCCGCCUUCCACCCCGACACGGGAGAACGCAUGAACCUGAUUGGCAGGAUGUCCUUCCAGGUGCCCGGAGGCAUGGCCAUCACAGGUUUCAUGCUGCAGUUCUACCGGACGGUUCCGGCUGUGGUGUUCUGGCAGUGGGUCAACCAGUCCUUCAACGCCCUGGUCAAUUACACCAACCGCAACGCCGCCUCGCCCAUCACCCCAAAGCAGAUCGGGGUGGCGUAUGUGACGGCCACCAGCACAGCCCUGGCCACAGCUGUGGGACUGAACCUCUACACCAAGAGGGCGCCUCCUCUGGUGGCUCGCUGGGUGCCCUUUGCUGCUGUGGCAGCCGCCAACUGCGUGAACAUCCCCAUGAUGAGGCAACAGGAGAUCCUCGGUGGCAUCGCCAUCACGGAUGAGAACGGGAACAAGCUGGGAGACUCCCGGAGAGCAGCUGCCAAGGGCAUCACACAGGUGGUCAUCUCUCGCGUAACCAUGGCAGCCCCGGGCAUGAUUAUCCUGCCCAUCAUAAUGCAGAGGCUGGAGAAAUACAGGUUCAUGCAGAGGAUCACAUUUCUCCAUGGGCCAUUGCAAGUGAUGAUGGUGGGCGUGUUCCUUGUCUUCAUGGUGCCGGCCGCUUGCUCGUUGUUCCCCCAGAGAUGUUCGAUGGCGGUGUCUAACCUGGAGCCAGAGCUGAGGGACUCCAUCCGUUCUCAGCAUGGGGACAGCAUCCGCUAUGUCUACUUCAAUAAGGGCCUGUAACCCCUGUCUGCUCAGUUUUUAUACCCGGCAGGCCCUGUAGGACACGCCCCCCAUCAGUAGCCUGGGCCAAUCCCAAGUGUCCGUGGCAGGAAUGGUCCAAUGGGAGCACACAAGACAUGGCUGUCACACAUAAGCCUCUUCUUCGAUUCAGUAUUGAACGGGCACUUAACCAACUAUUUGACUGAUACAGAGGUUUACAAUCAAACAACAACUUUGAGUUUAAUAUUCAAAUACUCAUUGGUUUUUGCAGUCUUCAAAAUAAUGGUUAAGCGUCCAUCGGACAGGUAUAUCAAAUGCGAAUAGUUAAGACAAGUUUUUUAGAUAACGAGUUUAGGUGCCUUAUGUUUUUUGUUUGAAAGAGUCAAGUUGCCAAUGGCUAAAAUGUUUUUGACUCAGAAAGCAUUAUAAUUGUUUGUGAUAUGAUGCAUGUUUGCAAGCCCCUGUAAGCUCUUUUAUUGCUAGUUAUGUGUAGAAGCAGGGUUGUUAAAGCUGCUAUGAUUGUUGCAUGCCAGUAGCUGCUGUUGUCACACCACCGCUGACAACUAAAUUAUUGGGAGAGACAGCAGCAUCUGAGGUUUUAAAAUGGAUCCAGAAAGCCAGGCCUCAUGCACUCCCCCUAGUGGCCACAUUUGGUUCCUGCCAGCUGAUCAUAAACUGGAAGGGGUAAUCCAAUUUGCCUUGAAUUGCGUAACGCUGAAAGCAACACUUCAGCCCAAACCGCAUAAAGGGUCUCUCUGACAGGAAAUGACCUUUCUGGAUUUUUUUUUUAACCUCGAAGGAUUCCUAAUAGGAUAUCUCAGGAAUUGUGUCCAGUUUACCCGACUCACUGAUGAAAGCAGAAGGUAAGAUUAGCAUCAGAGCGUACGAUGGACACAGUGACUUCAUGUGAUGUCAUGGCAACUGCCUGUAGGAUGGAGCUGUCGGUGGCCUUGACAACAGUGCAUCCUGCUGCUAGGAGCUGACAGGACACACCUGUUGUACAGAACACAUGCUGCUGUAGAAUGGCUGAGGUGUG